AUGCCUAACCUCAGACCCGCAUACCCGGAUGCCUUCCUACGUGGCUGCAGCCGGAAAGACUGCUUCCGCAGCUCAGCGUCCCCGGAUUGCGAGUUUCACUGCAAGCUGGUGCGUGACAUUAUCAGGUCACGUCGAGAGGGAAGGCGUGCGCGACUGCAGCAGAGGUGCAGAGCGCAGAGCGGCGAGACGGUGGUCAUGGCCGCGGCAGCAGCCGCUGUGUCGGCAAGCCGAAACGUCACGCCUCUGAGGAGGCAGCUGAGCCAGAGUAGCAAGCCCGACAGUCCUAGUUCGACAACAUCCUCAGAGUUCUCACCUUGUGUCUCACCACUGAUGGAGGACCUUCUACUCGAGGUCACAGAUGCCAUAGAAAGCAGUGGGGCAGAUCCGUAUAUCGCAAUGGCCCCCCAACGACCACCUUCAGUAUUUGAUAUGCACGGACUUUUCGAGCUUAUCAAACUUAUCGAGGAGGCUCAAAGAGAUUACGAGGGUCUUGUCGAGCCGCCUGCGGCGAGAGAGAGAUUUAACCUGGCAUUCGACCCUAGCUGGAACGGAGAUGAUUGCUUCGGAAAUCCAGCAGGCCAUUCCUAG